ACUGCCACAAAGCUACAGCUACUUAGCUACAGCCGCCCCAGCUCUGCAGUGUGAAGCCCCAGUGGUAGCCACUUCCUCCACCCUGUGCUCUGCUGUCCUCAGCUGACCUUCACUGCCUUCUUCCUCCUACCAACAAGGUCUGCCAGCCUGGCCCUUUAUGAGGCAGCUACAGCCUUGGGAAUGUUUUGCAAGGCCUCAGAAAGGAGGUGUGCACCUUCAGGAAAAAGGCCACGUGCAGCCAGCAGCUGCCUUGUGAAGAACCAGGCCAGGUGCAACUUAUCCACAGUGGGAGCAAGAUAUCGAAAGUCAGCUGUGGAUGGCAGGGCAGUGGAGUGCCGGGCAGAGUACAGGGGGAGGCAAGAUGGCGGGGGCUCCCGUCGAGGUGGCAACUCUUCUUCGGCCAGGGCGAUGCGCCUACUUCGUGGAGCGGAAGAAGCGCUUUUGCAAGAUGGUCCCGGCCCAGGGCAGGCACUUCUGUGGCGAGCACAGCGCUGAAGAGGAAGAACAUAAAAGGAAAAGAAUCCCUUGUCCUUUGGAUCCAAAACACACUGUAUAUGAAGACCAGCUACAAAAACAUUUGAAAAAGUGUAAUUCAAGAGAGAAGCCAAAGCCUGUCUACUUUGCUAAAGAUAUUAAUGCAGGACUGAAAAAUGAAACAGAACUGCCUGAAGAACAGCAGGCACCAAUUUCUGCACUUUCUAAACAAGAACUAGAUAACUUAAUUAGGAAGCUUAAAAAAGCAAGUAACACUAUAAAUUAUGAACUUAAGGACCAAAUUCUUUCUCAUCAAGCCUUACAAGAAGCCUUAAAUGAUCCCCAAAAUGGAGAUGCAGCUUUUAAACAUUUGAAGCAACAGGCUUCUAUAUUAGGUAACAUGAAAAGAUUGCAUUUGCUUGGACCAGGGAACUGUUUUGUGGAAUUUGGAGCCGGGCGGGGAAAACUGUCCCACUGGUUGGAUAUAGCUUUACAGGAUGCCCAAGAUGUUCAUUUUCUUCUUGUUGAAAGGGCAUCUACCAGGUUCAAGGUGGAUGGCAAACACAAUAAACGUUACUUUGAGAGGCUUCAAGUUGAUAUCCAGCAUUUAUGUUUAAGUAAAGUUCCUCUUCUCAUGGAAAAGAAUCUAUCUCUAAUAGGAAUUGGAAAGCAUCUGUGUGGUGCUGCAACAGAUCUUGCUCUGAGAUGUUUAGUUGACACCUAUGUGAAUUCACGUGCUGAAGAAAAGGAAGGACCAGUCACUAAACGCAUCAAGACUGAUUGUCCUGGUCAAAAACAUAGCAAGUGUGAAGCUGAAAACUGGAGCCCUAUAGCUGGAAUUGUUAUUGCACUUUGUUGUCAUCACAGAUGUGAGUGGAGGCAUUAUGUUGGCCAAGAUUUCUUUACAAGAGUAGGACUUGGCCCCGUAGAAUUUAAUUUUUUCAAAAGAAUGACCAGCUGGGCUACCUGUGGCAUGAGAGAAAGAAGAACAGAGACCAGCAGAAGUGGCAUACAAAAUAAAAGAAACGUAGAUGAACAUGAUCAGGAUAAUAUAAAUACUGACUGCAGUUUGGAUAGUCUUCAAGGGCUGCUGACCGUGGAUGAACGAAAACAGAUAGGGCACCUUUGCAAACUGUUGAUUGAUCAUGGUCGGAUUGAGUACUUACAGCGGAGAGGAUAUGAAGCUGAGUUGCAACGCUAUACAGACUCAAGUGUGUCAUUAGAAAAUGUUCUUCUGACAGCUGUUCCAUCUCAGUCUUCAUUAUCUUCCAUAAUUACUUAAAAACUUCAAGAGGUCUUUCAGGAGUUUCACUGCUUCCAGGAUUUUUGCAAGUUUGUAACAUCCAGGAUUAUGUUUAACAAACUAGGGAUAGUUUACAGCGUCCUUUAAAUCAGG